AUGAUCGAUAAGCAAGCAAAUAAAUUAUUAAAGGUGCGCGAGGAGAUAGAUGAAGCAAAAUGGAGAUGUUCACCGCAUGGUGGCUUUAGCCUUAGGCCGCUCGAUACAUUCAAAAGCAUCGUUUCUUCAACAUUUUCUCCUGUUGAAUCAAUAUGGCGAACGGCAAGUCAUUGCUCAUUUUAUGAAAUGUAUCACCCAGAACUCGGCAAUUUUCGUCGAUCGAAAACUUACUCUUCAUUAGCGCCAAGUUAUGGGAUACCUUAUCGUUACGAGCCAAAACAAGAAGAAUGGAAAUAUAUGAUGGAACGCUCAUCUCGUCCAAUAGCUCACGUUAAAAAUCUCUUCGACACCUUGCCAAAAAGUGUUAGUCGUUUACAUGGAGUUUGGGGAACAGGAGCGCUUUUUUAUCCAAGUAAUUUCGAAGGCGUUGAAGAUCGUCGAUAUCAUCGAAUAUUUUGGGGACAAAAUUUCAUAGAUUAUAGGUCACCAUCAGCUCGACAUGCUACCAGUCUUUUACUUUCUGCUUAUUAA